AUGCCUCCUAAACCUCACUAUUUCUCUCUCUCUCUCUCACUCUCCUAUCAAGUUUCCGACGUAGUUGUGGAGCCCUAUAAUGCCUUGCUGUCGACACACCAACUUGUCGAAUUGGCGGAUGAAAGCUUUGUGCUGGAUAACGAGGCGCUCUACGACAUAUGCUUUCGUACAUUGAAGCUGAACAACCCGACCUACGGUGAUCUCAACCAUUUGGUCAGUACGACAAUGUCAGGCGUGACCACAUGCCUACGUUUCCCUGGCCAACUCAAUGCCGACCUUCGCAAGCUUGGCACCAACUUGAUACCUUUCCCGCGGUUACAUUUCUUUUUGCCCGGCUUCUCUCCUCUCACUUCACGCUACUCACAGGCCUAUCGCAGUUACUCUGUUCAUGAUCUGGUACAACAGAUGUUUGACGCCAAAAACCUAAUGGCAGCCUGUGACCCACGACAUGGCAAAUAUUUGACUGUGGCCGCCAUGUUCCGCGGCCGGAUCUCGAUCAAAGAGGUUGAUGAAGAGAUGGUGCAGGUGCAGAACAAAAAUUCUACAUAUUUUGUUGAGUGGAUACCAAGCAACGUGAAGACCGCCGUUUGUGAUGUGCCCCCAAGGGGUAUGCGAAUGGCGGCCACGUUCGUGGGAAACAAUACAGCUGUACAGGAGAUAUUCGCUCGAGUCAUCGAGCAGUAUGCAGCUAUGCACAGACGAAAGGCUUUCAUACACUGGUACACGGCAGAAGGCAUGGACGAAAUGGAGUUCACUGAGGCUGAGUCAAACAUCAACGAUCUGGCGAAUGAGUAUCAGCAAUUUCAAGAGACCGACAUGGAGUAA